GCGUCUCAGCUCAGUCGGAUUCUUCACCUCGUGCUCUACACACGACUUUUUUCGUCUCUCUCUCACCGGAAAAUAAAAUAAAUUUUCAACCAGUUUUUUUCUGUACCGCGAGUCAAGACAGAACGGAAAGGAAGUCUCGGUCAUCCAAGGUCUCGUAAAGGAUUAUUCAAAUUUUAUAAUGUCGCAGAAGGCCGAAGAAGUCAAAGGUGCUGGAGCGAAUGUUGCGAAGAGCGAUGGGUGCAAGGCACAGGAAGAAAUAAAGCCAUACCCAGGUUGUUGGGUUGACGAUGAGUUUAGGAAUCAAAUGAGAGGUAGAAGAGGAGGUCGCGGAGGGGAUUGGAAGCCACGAGGCGGUCGCGGUCAAUAUCAAGGAUCAAAUGGCGGUCGCGGUCAGUAUGUAGAAUCUUAUGGCGGAGUUCGUUAUUACGAAAGAUCCGGAAGAAACCAAACCAGCGACAGUCAGGUCGCUAAGGAGGCCAGUAAAGCACCAAACAACAGGAGGUACAAUGGACGUCGAUCACCAUUCGGGGCCAGAAAGGGACAAGCCAAUACUACUGGUGUACAUAAGAAGGGUGAGGCACAGCGGAUUGCGAAAAAAGUAUCAGUGGGAGGAUCGCAGGAAGCUACGGAUGAAGAAGGGCCAAAAAAGCUUCUCGUCCUGUUAAUGGAUUGUGUACUUCCUAAUGAGUUCGACGAUGCGUCGAAGAAAUUGAUGGCUGAAAUGUUGGAAUUGGAGAGUGACACGGAUAAAAUACCGGAGGAGAUGCAGACAUUUGAAGAAGCCGUUGAAACAUUCAAGGCUAGCGUUAGAAAACUUGCUGCUGAGCAUUGCGAGAAUUUAAAGGAAAUCAAUAAACUGACUGCUGCAAAAAUUAGAUCGGAUUGCAGCACCACCGUGCGAUGGGUCAAGCAGUCGCUUCGAAAUGCGUAUGCAGCAUCGCGCUUGGAAAAUGAUCCCUUGGACCCCCAGCAACUGUUUCCUGCUAAAGGCAAAUGAACAUCGCCUAGUAAUUAAUAUAUAAUGUAACACUACACUAUGAUAAUGUAUAUCAUUGGCUAAUGAGCUGUUUGUAAUUUAAUUUGUAAUUGAGUGUAGUUGCGAAUGCAAGUGUAUCUUGCAAAAUGAAAUUCAUUGAUUGAUUUUAUGUAUCUUUUAAUCAGGGUAGUUGAACUUGUUUUUAUUUUACAGCUAAUUUGUUAUAAAUUAGAAACCAGUUUGUAUUAACUGAAAUUUACAGAAAGUUUAAUAAAGGAUUAUGUACUUGAAUUGUAA